GAGAGAGAGACAGACGCAUAGAGAGAGAGAGAGAGAGAGAGAGUUAAACUAUUGCUAACCACCGAAAAAACUUUAAUUCCAACACCGACUGCGUGCCAUCUCUCGCCGGCUCCGAGUUUCUUGGCCUCGUUACGCAGCAACCCAAAAAAAAUUCCUUGGCUUUGCUUCCUCUGCAAUCUCCGUUUCCCACAAACGCCGUUCUCUCUCUCUCUCUCUAUCUCUCUCUCUCUCUCUCUCGCGUUUAAUGCCAAUCAAACACCAGCCAAGAUCUCAUUGUCUCAUUUAAGUCCCAACACUGUUUGAGGAUCCAAGGUGAGCAAUACAGAUCUUGCUCAUUUUGUUUUGGUUUUCCGUUUCUGGGUUUCUUUGAUUCGUGAUGGGCUGGAGAUACAAGGCGGGUCUGUUUCUGAUUGGUGCUGUUGUUGUAAUAUGGGUCGCCUCCGCUGAAGUCACCCAGGGUAUUUUUACAGACUAUAAGCAGCCAUUUGCAGUGACGUAUCUCGGAGCUUCUCUUAUGGUAGUCUAUCUCCCAAUAGCAUUUCUUAAGGAUUGGUUAUGUAAUUCACUAAGACAGCGCUCUUCUAAAAGUGGUGGUAAAAAUGCAGAAACUAUGAAUGAGUCAUCUGGCAGGCUGAAUUCUCCUCUAAAAUAUAUUGGGGGACAGAAAGUCUUUGAGAUGGAAACUCAAGGGACAUUGACUAGAAAAGACAGUGAAGCAGACCUUGCUACUCUGGAAGAGGAUCGGCCAUUAGUUCCAAGGCGUAAAGAUGAUACAGAAGUUCUGAAACAAGACCGAGAGCUUACAACUAGGGAAAUUGCAACUUAUGGAUUUUAUAUUGCUCCCAUCUGGUUUAUAACAGAGUAUUUUUCAAAUGCUGCACUGGCGCGAACAAGUGUUGCCAGCACAACAGUAUUGUCUUCAACUUCAGGACUUUUUACUCUUUUCAUUGGUGCAUUCAUGGGCCAAGAUUCUCUAAAUGUAGCAAAGGUUGUUGCUGUCUUUAUCAGCAUGGCUGGUGUUGCCAUGACAACUCUAGGGAAAACAUGGGCCUCAGAUGAGUCUCAGUUAAAUGCUUCAGGAAAUGGGAAACGCUCUUUUUCUGGAGAUCUCUUUGGCCUUCUUUCAGCUAUGUCAUAUGGCCUGUUUACUGUACUUCUCAAAAAAUUUGCUGGCGAGGAAGGAGAAAGGGUUGAUGUGCAAAAGUUGUUUGGAUAUAUUGGAUUAUUUACACUUGUAAUGCUAUGGUGGCUUGUGUGGCCAUUGACCGCAUUAGGAAUUGAGCCCAAGUUUACCAUUCCUCACUCCGUGAAAAUGGAAGAAGUUGUUAUUGCAAAUGGCUUUAUUGGAAGUGUCCUCUCUGAUUACUUUUGGGCAUUAUGCGUUGUUUGGACAACUCCAUUGGUAGCCACCUUGGGCAUGUCACUUACAAUACCGCUUGCUAUGGUUGCUGACAUGUUGAUACAUGGCCGUCACUAUUCAGCAAUCUACAUUCUUGGCUCAGCUCAGGUAAGAAAGUUGUCACGAAGUCGCAAAAAGGGGGAUAGAUAUCAAGGGGAUGGGUUUUUGCGCAUAAUAUAUUUAGGUAUGUGGAAUAUGUUUUGUGCAGUAUCUGCAAAAAUAGGCUCCAUCCAUUAGGAGAUUUUUGCCAUGUCAAUAAUUAUUCACAAUGCAAUGAUUCGGACUAUUUGACUUGAAAACUUCCUUUCAAUUUUACUAGAAAACAAACCAUGUAAAAUUAUCUUGAGAAAACAAUAAAGUUGAAAUGGGAAAUACAACAGAACAUCUCAGGUAUUGUUGCAUCCAAAGUUCCCAAUCUUUAGUACUCAAAAUACUGUUACGACUGCUGAUGAAUCCAAAACCUUCUUUUGCCCCUCUUUUCUAUGCAAAUCAUACCAUGCUUAACUAUUUGCCUUCAAGUGGUUUCAAUUUGCAGCAUUACAUCUUGUUGUAAAUAUGAUUUCCACCAUUUUCUCCUGCAAUUUACACAUUUUGGCCCCAUAUUUAAAAUGGGCAAAGUCUUAGUUCAGUUAUUUUAAAUUUUCUUUUGAAAAUUAUCAGGAUAUCUCCAUAUUGCACUUUCCUGUCUGCAGAGAAUACAAGUUUCUGUCCAAUUGCAAUGUGAAAUGUAUGCACAGACCCCAAUUGUUGUUGGCUGCAUAUGUUACUUUCUAUGUUUGGUCGGUGUUGCAGGUAUUUGCAGGAUUUGUAAUAGCCACUCUUUCCGACUGGCUCACGAAGAAGUUGGGAUUGUAGCAUUUUACGUUGAAUUUUCUGGUGCUUAAUUUGGCAACCCUGAUUCUUUAUCAUGGCUGUACUCACUCCACUGUGUUGAGUAAAGGCUGAAGGUUGGAUUGUAAUGUCUUCAGCAGGGUUAGUAUGUAGAAAGGAGGAAAAAGGAGCUUAUUGUACUGCAACUGAAUUGUGCAAAAAAUGAGUUGAAGAAUGAGGUCUGUAUUUUCACCAUGCUCCUGUAGGAGUGUUGAGCCCUGAAGAAUGUAAUAAAUGCUUCUUGUUCAAAGAAAAAUCUCAAUUAUUUUUGCA